ACAGUAGGUGGCGGUAAUGCCCCAUUAAGUUGGUCGCCAACCGCCGUAAAACUGUAAGAAGAAGAAGAAGAAGAAGAAGAAGAAGAAAUGACAGCAGGCUAACUUCUUGGCUUUUGGCUAAACAAUGUACCAGUCGGCAUGGGACAGGCCCUGUGUAUAUGCUCCCGUGGCGCCAUCACCAUUGAUAAUAAAAAAUACUACUUUGUCCAGAAAUUGGAUGAAGGUGGGUUCAGCUAUGUUGAUUUGGUUGAAGGGGCAAAGGAUGGGCGAUUCUACGCUCUGAAAAGGAUCUUAUGUCAUGAUCGCCAAGCUCGGCAGGAGGCUCAGACAGAGGUGGAAAUGCAUCAGAUGUUUAAUCAUCACAAUAUCUUGAGCCUGGUUGCAUACGCCUUCGUUGACAGCAGAGGAAAGACAGAAGCCUGGCUAAUUCUGCCUUACAUUAGAAAAGGAACCCUGUGGUCUGUUUUGGAGAAACUAAGAGACAAAGGGAGCAUAAUGCCUGAAAACCAGAUUUUAAAAAUCUUCAGUGGAAUCUGCUCUGGUUUGAAGGCUAUUCAUGACAAAGGUUAUGCCCACAGGGACCUGAAACCCACAAAUGUGCUCCUGGAUGAGGGUGAUAGACCAGUUCUGAUGGAUUUGGGCUCAAUGAACUGUGCAAGAAUUGAGGUCAGAGGAUCCAGAGAAGCCAUGACUGUACAGGACUGGGCAGCUCAACGAUGCACCAUUUCCUACAGGGCUCCUGAGCUCUUUAAUGUAGAGAGUCACUGCAUUAUAGAUGAGCGCACUGAUAUUUGGUCGCUGGGCUGCGUGCUGUACUGCAUGAUGAUGUUGGAGGGCCCAUAUGAUCUGAUAUUUCAGAAGGGGGACAGCGUUGCUUUGGCUGUCCAGAAUCCAGUGACCAUCCCACCGACCUGCAGUCAUUCAGAGGGUCUCCAGAUGCUGCUGAGCUCCAUAAUGGUUUCGAAUCCCGAGGAGCGCCCAAACAUCAGCUGGGUUCUGGGUCAGGUACAGGACCUGCAGAACCGCAGCCCAAACACUCAGUCCAGCAUGGUCUGAUUUCUGCUCGGUGCUUGAAAUAUCACCUUUUAUUUUUUUGCUUGCAAUCUAACUUGCAAAUAACAAAAGUUGCUUAAUCCUUUUAAAUGAAAAUUAAAUAUUAUGCCUUAAGUUGUUUCACACCCUGAAGUGCAAUGCAUUACCUUGUCAUUUGUAUUAGGAAACUUCUUCUUUUUCCCUCUUAAUAGUUGCUAAAGGAGUUCAGUCUUUUAUUUUCAUUCCCCACUAUGUCUAGGAAAAAAGGAAGAUGGUCUGGCUGGAUUUGUCAGAGAUCACCAAAUCAUUCCCCAUGUUAUAUCUUGUUGACUUUCUCUAUUUUAAAUAAAAUCAAUCCAAACCUUCAUAAUGUAACAAAGUAAAGAGUAAAACUUUGAGUAAAUGCUGAUGGAUUUGAUUGUAGUUAUUUAUACCUUGAAGAGUGCCAGCCAUGCUGUCAAUCCUCUUUUUCCCAAUGCUUGUGCCACUUUGGGACAAGUAGCCAAUGGCUGUAAUUUUAGUAAAUAUGUUUAUUUUUAAGAACAUCAAUUCAUUUUUUUUAUGUUACAGCUGCAGCUGUUUGCAUUUGUAUUUAAUUUUGUCUUCUUCCUGGCCCACAGCUGCUUUCACUCUUGACCAGGCAGUGAGCAGUUUAUUGUAAUGUUUGAACACAGUAAUGCAGCGAAUGGAUUACCAUAUACAAAAAUGCAACCAACUGAUUGAACUAACUGAUGGCCCAAAGUUUUUCCUUUCCUUAGUCACAGCUAUGGCACGAUUGCUGUAGAGCUCUAACUUUGUGGAGCAGAGAAAAUCACUCUUUUUGAUGUUUGUAACAAUCUGUUGAUAUAAAAAAAAAAAGCUAUCAUGCGUGGACAUAAUUAUAGUUAAUAAUAAUAAUAAUAGUAUUAUAGUAAGAAAAUGUUGAGAUGCAAAAGCUUUGGUAAAUGUAAGCUGUUAUCUCCAGUUAGCUUUUUCUCUGUUCAUAAUCACAAUCUUAGUUUUAGCUGGAGUUACCACCACUGUACUUCUUUACAAAUUCACGAUUAUUAUUCAUCUAUGCAUACCUUUUUCACAUGUCAAGAUUCAUCGUCUUGGAUCGCAAAUGGCAAUUAAUCUGAUGACUAGACCGAAGUCAGGCAUCACUAUAGUCACCUAUAAUAAGAGUUGAAGGUGGCUUUGUCUCAAGAAAUCCCAGAGACAAACCUGUAUAGAUAGUAAGUUGAAUAAAGGUGGUGCAGUUUAUGCUGUUGCAGGAUUACACUUUUGUUUUUAUUGUAUCGUUUUUAUGUCUAUUGUAGUGUUUUUAAUCUGUUUAGUAUUUUGCAUUCCAGCAUUGCUUGAGUUGAGUUUUGGUUUCCUGACAUGUGAGUUUCACACUUUAGUUAUCUCAGGGUACGCUUGUGUCUCAGUAGGUCCAUAUUUGAGGACUACUGUGGUACCUGUACAGUUCUCUGGAAAACCAACAUUUUGGGCAUUAAUGUUUAAUUUAUUGCUUCUGUGACUGUAACACAGUUAUAUUUUGACCAUGAAAAGAUUAAAUUGGCCUUGAUAUUUGAUUUGUACAGGUAACUGUUGGUAGAUUUGACUCACUGUGUAAAUACAUUCUGUUUUGAAGCAAAGUUUAGUGUUUUUGGAUAUUUAAACCUACUUUAAAACUGCUGGUAGGACAAAGUGCAUCAAUGAGAGUCAGUUAUUGUUAAGGGUUCCUUAUGACUAUUGAAAAUGGGUAAAAUAAUAUAUUGCCUUGUAUUUUCUGCACUGUAUUGAGUGUAUACAUGGUAAAUAUGUAGCAUUCUAUAUUCUGUACACUUUUUAAUAAUUGUGAAAUAAAAUGGCUUCCUGUA